AUGUCGGAAGCAUCCAAUCCUUACAAACAAGCGGCCAAAGCCAUCAAAGCAAAGGGACUUUUGAAACUCAAGUUUUAUUGCCAAAUGUGCCAAAAGCAAUGUCGGGAUGCUGCUGGAUUUAAGGCUCAUACCUUGAGUGAGUCUCAUCAUCGGCAAAUGCAAGUGUUCCGAGCGAAUCCAGCCCGAUUUAUUAAUCAAUUUAGCGAGGAAUUUAAAAAAGGAUUUUUGGAUAUUUUGAGAACGAGGCAUGCCAAGAAGAAGGUACCAGCAUUGAAGGUGUAUAAUGAGUAUAUUAAUGAUAGGCAUCAUGUACAUAUGAAUUCAACACGUUGGACCACACUCAGUUCGUUUGUAAAAUAUUUGGGAAAAAUCGGAGUUUGUUAUGUGGAGUAUGAUGAAGAGAAGGAUUCGUGGCUCAUUCAAUAUUUGGGAGAAACAAAUACUUAUAAUCCGAGUGGUGCCUCAUCAUCGAAUACUGAAAAUGAUGAAGUGUUGGAUGAGAGGAGAAAAUUUGAUUUGUAUGAGAGACAAUUUCAAGCAUUGAAAGAGCUUGAAGAGCAAGCAGAUCAAAUCAUUAAAGAAGAAAGUGGAAAUGAGUCAAAGACAUCUUCAUCAUCAUCUGACACAAAACAAAACAAAAAACCUUCAUUUUCUGGAUUUACUCUCACGAAUAAGAGGAGCUUGUCACAAACCACUUCCGAUAAGAAUUCUGAAAAUUCAACAACCUUGUCAAAUGAUGCCAAUCAUAAUUCCAAAAAAACGGACAGCAAUGCAACACAAAAGAAUCUUCCAGUUGAUCAGGAUGAAUCGAUAGAACAAAACGAAUCGGAGGCGAUUGCUCUUGACAGCAAUCUAAUUCAACAAACGAUAGAACCAGCCACAAAGAAAAAAAAGAUUCGAAAAGAUGCCGAUGAAGAUGACUCUGGCCUUUCAAGUGGCUGGCUUAAAACAGGAAUAGUAGUGAAAAUUAUUGACGAAACUUCGGAAUUCUAUAACAAGAAAGGGCUCGUGAUUAAAACUCUAAAGAAAAAGAGGCAAGCUCAGGUAGAAUUACUGGAUAAUCCUGGACAAAUUAUUGAGGUUUAUCAAGACAAUUUACAAACUGUGAUACCUAAAAUUGGAGGCAAGGUCACCAUUCUUAAACAUGAAACAAUGAGAGGAAAAUCUGGUACUCUGUUAUCUGUAGAUUUCGAUAAGGGAUGUGCCACUGUACAAGUGGAUGGCGUUUUGGGAGAGAAUCAACUCGUGCUCAAUUAUGAUGAAUUUUCGAAGUUAUUUUGA